ACCAAUGAGCGUUACGUAAACACCGUCCUUGAGGAAAUAAUGUAGGGACAAGUCGGCUCGGUAAACAGGGUCAUCUUCGUGAAUUGUAGUUCUUUACUCGGCUCAAAAUGUCAGUGAAACAUGCUCUCGGUCGGGGGUUGGAGCUGGGGAGGUCGCUUCUCCAGCUGGGGCUGUUCAAACCAGCCGGCCGCGUGGCAGCGAAGCUCCGCGGCGAGAGGCUGCGUGUGUCCCGCUCGACCCGCACCGUCCAGCCGCAGACCUUCCUGCCCGCUCGAUACCGCUUCUUCCGGCUGUCUCUCAGCGGGCUGGCCGCGCAGCUCCAGUCUGGGGCUCUCAGGAGAGUGGCUGGAGGUGGUGCUCCCAGAAACAGAGGUGUUUUUCUGGCUUUUGGGCUGGGUUUGGGGCUGGUUGAACAGCAGCAGGAGGAGGACAGGACAAGCGCUGCUCUGUGUCGGGAGAUACAGGCCGUAUUCAGAAAGAAGAAGUUUCAGACCCCUCUGAAGUCUUUUACAUCGGGGUACAAGUUGGAGGACUAUGUGAUUGGGAAACAGAUCGGGAAAGGUUGCAACGCGGCGGUGUAUGAGGCAGCGGCUCCGUUCUCGGCCCCUGCGGAGAGCGGGAAGUGUUCACUGGUGGAACUCAACCAGAAAGAAACGGAUGAUGACGAUAAGACAGCAGGACCCCUUCGAUUCUCAGCUAAACCCAGCUUUCCCUUAGCUGUCAAAAUGAUGUGGAACAUUGGGGCUGGUUCAUCAAGCGAUGCCAUUCUGCGCUCUAUGUCUAUGGAGUUGGUUCCUGCUUGUCCACAGGCUUUAAGGAAAGAGCAAGGAGAGAUCGCUUUAGAUGGCCGUUUUGGAAUGGUGCCUAAAAGACUGACUGCUCAUCCCAACGUGGUCGCAGUGUACCGGGCCUUCACCGCUGAGGUCCCGCUGCUGCCCGGAGCUCAGGAGGAGUACCCCGAUGUCCUGCCUGCCCGGCUCAAUCCGCUGGGUUUAGGCAGCAAUCGCACGCUGUUCCUGGUCAUGAAGAAUUACCCGUGCAGCUUGCGGGAGUACCUGGGGGUGUGUGUGCCCGACCGGAUGCAGGCGUCUCUCAUGCUGCUACAGCUGCUAGAAGGGGUGGAUCACCUGGGCAAGCAGGGCAUCGCUCACAGAGACCUCAAAUCAGACAAUGUGCUCCUGGAAUUUGACAGCUCUGGGUGUCCCAGACUGGUGAUCACUGACUUUGGCUGUUGUCUGGCAGAGGAUUUUGGCCUCAAGCUGCCCUUCAACAGCUGCUGGGUUAACAGAGGAGGAAACGCCUGUCUGAUGGCACCUGAGGUGGCCACAGCAGUUCCAGGACCUGGGGUGAUGAUAGAUUACAGUAAAGCAGACGCCUGGGCUGUAGGUGCCAUGGCCUAUGAGCUCUUCGGUCAGCCGAACCCCUUCUACAGCUCAGAGGGACUGGAGAGUCGCAGUUAUCAGGAACAACAGCUUCCUCCUCUUCCUGCUGCUGUACCUGAGGAUGUACAGCUAGUAGUGAAGCUACUGCUGCGCAGAAACACUCAUAAGCGGCCCAGUGCACGUGUGGCUGCUAACAUGCUUCACAUGAGCCUGUGGGGCAGGCGAGCGUUGUCCAGCUUGGAUCGGACCAGAAUGGACGAGCUGUCGGACUGGCUGCUGUGUCAGUCAGCUGUGGUGCUGCUGAAGGGCCGAGGGUCCGGCGGGAGCUCCGUGGAAGCCGAACUCCAGAGAUGCUUCCUCGCCAACAUAGACCUGGAGGACCUCCGCUGCGCAGCCCGCUUCCUCGCGUACGGACAAGAGCAGUGGAAGUCCCUGCUAGCACACUACACUGACCCCUAGUGAGCGAGGGAGUGCUCACUAGAGAAACAAGCACAGUUGCACAGCUUUCGUUUUAUUGUCCAUCGCUGACGUAUUUUGAAAGGAUGGCAGUUUAUGCAUUUGCACUUUUAACUAUGUACUUUAUGCUGUUGAUGACUCUUUAGAAUAACAGCUUGAAGCAGGUACAAAUUCAUGCAUAAUGUAGUGCAUAGUAUACUGAACAUCGCUUUUAUAAUGAAGGCGGAAUAAAUAAAUGGAUGUAUUUUCUGACAGUAUAUUUAAUGCAAAUUAGAUUUUAACUUUUGGGAACUGAUUGCAUCGGUCGGUCGGAGGGGUCGAAAAAGCCUUUGGGAUGUCGCUUCAGGGAUUGAGCGAGUGAUUAUAUUUUUGAAUGAGUUCGCCGUUGCAAUCUUUGGAGUAAGUUGUUUUGAUGAAUUGUGUAAUAAUACAAUCGUGCAUGUGCAUUAAACUUAAACGGGCUGUAUUUUCAAGGCACUUUAUGGAAAGGAAAUUUGAGUAGUAUUCAAACAAUGUGUUUUGUUAUUUGCAUGCAAUAAAACAGUUUGCUGAUCGAU